AAUCUGUACCUGUUUCUGGCACAACCGAACUGCCUGGUGCAUUUGGAUCUGUCAGGCACUGACUGUACCGUCGACUCUUUAUUUGGAGCUCUGCUGCGGGGCUGCUGUGCCGAUCUCUCCUACUUGAACCUGUCGAAAAACUCCUUCUCUCACAGGAAAGUGAGAGAGACACUUCCUUCCUUCCGUCAGUUCUUCAGUUCAGCGUUCAGCCUCACUCACAUCAGCCUGGCCUCUAUGAAGAUGCCUCCCGACGUGCUGAG